AUGAGAACUGGACCGAGCCGCAGCCUCCGCUCCUCGCGUCGCGGCGCCGGGCAGAGAGGUGCAUUGUGGAGGCGGAGCGCGCGGGGCAGGGACCGCGCGGCCGGAGCUGUCCGAGGUGCUGAGCGCCCGACCCGCGCCCAGCGCGCCCUGCACCGGCCCCCAAGCCGUGGCCUGCCCCCCACCUUCCGCCUGCCCGUCUGUCUCUCCUUACCUUGGGGCGCGGCGGCUGGAGGAAAUCAUGGUGUUCGCUCCAGGUACACCGGCACCUUGCUUUUCCACCAGUGGCAGAGGGACCAGGUACCUCCUGAGGGGGAGAAGUGUGUGCCGCCCGGGGAGUGGGACAGAGGGCGGAGGGACGCGUACUCCUUAAAGAAUUGGACCUGGUACCGAGGCUGCCACUGCGGCGCCGCCGGCGGUUGCAGUGUGUUUUUGGAGCUGGCGGUGAAGGACUUCUGUGCUUUUGCUGCUGUCUGUCGCUCCGAGGAGGCAGGAGUGAGUGUCUGUCAGUUCGGACACUCGGGACAGGCAGUGGCUCCGAGAAAAGCCCCGGAGCCCUUCUGCUGUCUGUCCCAAAUAACUCAAGGAGAGAAGCCUGGAAGUGAGCCUGAAGAGGCAAAGCUGCAGACCGCCAGCAGACAGAUCGUGCAGAACGCCAUCCUGCGGGCCGUGCAGCAGGUCUCCCGGGAGAGCCAGAGCCGGAGGAGGGACGCCAGGGCCGGCGACACCGCCCGGGGCAGCCUCCGGCCGGGCGCAGGGGAAGCAGCCAAGAAGCACGCGCAGUAA